AUGGCAAAGAAUAUUGUGUCGAGGGUGGCAAUCAUCGGGGGAGGUAUCAGUGGCCUCGCAGCGGCGAAGCAUCUCGCUUCUUUCGACCCAGUGGUCUUCGAGGCCACGAAUUCGAUCGGAGGGGUGUGGAAGCACUGCUCCUACCGCUCGACGAGGCUGCAGACCCCCCGCGCGGACUACGAGUUCUCCGACUACCCGUGGAGCGACCGGACCGACCCCACGUUCCCGACUCACACCGAGAUACUCGACUACCUGCAUGGCUAUGCCACACACUUUGGUUUGUGGAGGUUCAUCAGGCUCCAGUCCAGGGUGGUCGAGAUCCGGUUCCUCGGCGACCGGACCCAGGCCGGGUUCACCGAGCUUUGGGGGGCCGAUGGGUGUCCCCUCGCCGGAAACCCCGUGUGGGAGAUCGGCGUGGUGACCGGCCAGUCGGAGACUGUUGAGCGGUACAAGUUUGAGUUUGUGGUGAUGUGCAUCGGAAAAUAUGGGGAUCUAAAAUAUAUGCCGGUUUUCCCACAUGGGAAGGGACCGGAGAUAUUCCGCGGGGACGUCAUGCAUUCACUGGAUUACUGUAAGCUUAAUGAAGAAGCCACUAACAACCUUAUGAGGGGAAAGAAGGUUGUAGUUAUUGGUUACAAGAAAUCAGCCAUAGACCUUGCUGUAGAAUGUGCUGAGGCCAACCAAGGGCCAGAUGGGCAACCUUGCACAAUGGUCAUCAGGACCUUGCACUGGACGGUUCCCUCCUACUCCAUAUGGGGCCUGCCUUUCUUCUUGUUCUAUGCUACAAGGUUUUCUCAGUUCCUCCAUGAAAGGCCUCAUCAAGGAAUGCUAAGAUCUAUUCUCUGCCGCCUCCUAAGCCCAUUGAGGAAAGGUGCUUCCAAGUUCAUCGAGUCCUAUCUCACAUGGAAGCUUCCAUUACAAAAGUAUGGCUUGAAACCAGAUCACCCCUUUGAGGAGGAUUAUGCAUCAUGCCAGAUGGCAAUAUUGCCUGAGAACUUCUUCAAAGAGGCCGACAAAGGGAUGAUCUCAUUUAAAAGGUCAUCCAAGUGGUGGUUCUGGGAAAGGGGUAUAGUUUUAGAUGACAACACUCAGUUGGAGGCUGAUGUUGUGUUCCUGGCCACUGGUUUCGAUGGCAAGAAUAAGCUGAGGUCCGUGCUGCCGGAGCCCUUCCGUGGAUUGAUAGUGAACUCUUCUGGUGUCAUGCCACUCUACAGGGGCACGAUUCACCCUCUGAUCCCCCACAUGGCAUUCGUGGGAUACAUUGAGAGUGUGUCGAACCUCCACACUUCGGAGCUGCGGUGCAAGUGGCUGGAAAGGCUGCUCAAGGAGCAAUUCAAGCUCCCGAGCGUGGAGCAAAUGUUUAGGCAAAUCGAUGAGGAGACGGAGGUGAUGAAGAGGACCACCAGGUUCUAUCGCCGCCACUGUAUCUCCACCUAUAGCAUCAACCACAGCGACGAGAUCUGCAAAGAGAUGGGAUGGAAGCCAUGGAGAAAGGGGAACUGGCUCUCAGAGGCCUUCAGCCCUUAUAACAAUCAGGACUACAAAGAAGAGUGA